AGAGAGAGAGAGAGAGAGAGAGAGAGAGAGAGGGAGGGAGGGAGAAUAUGAGAGGGUAACCUCCUAAAAAAAGUGGGUCAGCUUCUGAUGAUGGGUUGAUUCUAUACCUAUUCCCAAAAGGCUAAACCUCAUAUUCAGUUUUAUAGUGUGUUAUUCACACAUUAAGUAUCUCUAAAGGUUGUUGCAGCCAUGGAAUCUUAUCAAGAUACAGUUGAUCAUCAACUUUCUACAAUCAAAUGAACAUUGAAUCAUGAUGAAGAUGAAGAACACCAAGAAAUCUUUCAGAAGUUUAACUGAAACAAUCCAUUCUCUUCUCGGAUUCAAGACCGAAACUAAUUCCACUUGGGCUAAUACCGUGUGUGACAUCAUCAAAAGCUUGCCAUCCACAGCUGACUACGAGAAUGAUUACGAUGAUUCGGCUCAUGCGCGUGAUCGUGAUCAUGAUCAUGAUCAUGAUGAUGUUAUUAUUUCAAAAAUUCAUGGUGAACUUGCCACCCUGAAUCGGGAAGUUGGUAGAUUAAAUGCGCAAAGAAGGCGUGUUCUCAAUGAAUUUCUACAAUUGAAAGGAAAUAUUCGUGUAUUUUGUCGAAUCAGGCCCACAAUAAACGGCGAGAAAUUUAGCCAUCAAAGGCCCGUUGUUCCGGUAGAUUCAAGUGGCAUUCUGGUUCAUUUUGCCGAGAACAAGAGAAAACUGUAUAAUUUUGACAUGGUUUUACACCCUGGUUCAACACAAGAUGAAGUAUUUUCAGAAAUUGAACCGGUUAUCAAAUCCGCUUUGGAUGGAUAUAAUGUCUGUAUAUUAGCAUACGGGCAGACGGGCACAGGCAAGACUUUCACCAUGGAAGGAAAUCCAGAUAGUCCAGGGGUAGUUCCCCGCACAAUCGAAGCAUUAUUCAAGCAAGCAGCAGAUAGCAACCAUACAUAUCUUUUUAGCUUCAGCAUGCUUGAAAUUUACCUUGGUCAACUCAAAGACUUACUCAUACCUCAUGCAAGAAAAGCUACUGAUCCUUUGCCCCCAUGUCUUUCCAUCCAAACCGAUCCUAACGGUGGGAUUGUGAUCGAUAAUCUUGUAAGCAUCCAAGUCAGCAACUUUAAUCAUGCAAUAAGUCUUUAUAGACUCGGAAGUCAACUCAGAUCAACUGCUUCAACAAAUUCCAAUAAAGUUUCUAGUAGAUCACAUUGCAUGAUUCGCAUGUCGAUGACUUGUUCUGAUGCUACCGAAAGGCGAAAGGUUACAAAUAAAAUUUGGAUGGUUGAUUUGGGCGGAAGUGAGCGCGUUUUGAAAACGAAAGCAUGGGGAAGAAGAUUUGAAGAAGGAAAAGCUAUUAAUCUUUCUCUUUCGGCCCUUGGUGAUGUCAUCAAUGCUCUCCAAAGAAAGAAUAGCCACAUACCUUACAGGAACAGCAAGCUGACGCAGGUGCUUAAAGAUUCAUUAGGAGAGGAUUCCAAAACACUGAUGCUUGUGCAUGUCAGCCCGAAAGAAGCAGAUUUAUGCGAGACUGUCUGUUCUCUAAAUUUCGCACUACGCUUGAGAAGCAUCCACUUAGGGAAGACCGAAUCGAACGAAACAAGAGUAACGAGGGAAAAAGCAAUGACCGACCUACAACACGAGAUGCAAGAGAUCGAAAACAACCGUUACGGAUUCAUAAAAGAAAUCAAGAAACUGAAUCAGAAAUUGGAUUCACUAACAAAAACAUCAACAUAUUCAAACGAGAAACUGGACGGGUUACUAUCAUCAACAUCAUCCUUAAAAGCCCCUCAAGAUUCAGCAGACGAAAUUACCGUAACGCCCCAAUCAUCAAAGAUUCCAAGAUUUAUGAAACCCACAAUCUGCAGCACACGAAAAUCAGGAACGGGUAAUCAAAACUUGUAUAAAAGAGAUAUCAGACCAGCAAGAAGAAAAAAGUUACCGUUAUCUCGUGCAGAAUCUGUUAGUUUUCCGUUAAAGAACAUGACAGAAAGCUAUUCGGGAAGCAGUAUCUCCAGAGCAAGUUAUUUAGUGGGCUUGAAUGAGAGACACUCCGAAAUCGAUGACAUAGACUUAAGUUCAGUAAACGAGUCAGAGGCUAACUACCGGGUUAGCUUACAUGAGAACAAACGGGUCAUCUCAAACCCGGCCCGUUUAAAGAAAAGUAAACAUAAGGAACAUAUAAAACAUAUGAAACAAGGAAAGCCUGCAGAUGUAAAAUUUGCAGGUGAAGAAUCAAGAUAUGAAAACAGUUCAACGACUCCUUCAACCAUCGGUACAAAAUCUGUUACAGGUGUCGAUGACUCAUCAACCGAAUGUGACAUGUAUUGUCGGGUCAUGCCAUGCGAUACCGUUGAUGAUACAUGUCAUCUGAAUGAUGAUGACAGUGAGGUUGAGUGGGCAGUUAUAUCACAACUGUCAACACGUGAAGCGCGAAAUUUAGAGGCCUGCUGCGAGUUGGAAGAUGAUUUGCGUGCAGAAUUUUCGUCAUUCGACAAAGUUAUUCUCCAGGAUUUGACUAAUCACUCAUUCCAAAAUCAUGAACAUGCAGAAACCAGAGUGUUGACUCGGCACAUGUUUCUUCAAUGGUCUUACUCUUGGUUGCGAGGUGUCUUUAUGUGUAUUUGGGUGAAAAUCUCAGCAGCCCACUUCUAGGCAUUGUGUGUAUUUGGGUGAAAAUCUCAUCUCGUGGUCUUCUAAACGCCAAUCUACCGUUUCGAGGUCCAGUGCAGAUGCUAAAUAUCGGGGUGUGGUAAAUGCGGUGGCUGAUAUAUGCUGGUUACGUAACCUAUUGUUGGAGCUUCCUCGCCCUUUAUCUAAGGCAACUCUCGUGUACUGUGAUAACAUUAGUGUAAUUUAUCUCUCAGGCAAUCCGGUUCAACAUCAGCGUACUAAAUAUAUCGAGCUGGACAUUCAUUUUGUACACGAACAUGUCAACGUGGUACUAUUCGCAUUCUUCAUAUUCCAUCUAGUUUUCAUAUAGCUGACGUCUUCACUAAAGGACUACCCAAAUAUCUAUUUGAACAACACAGAUCCAGUCUCAACAUUUGGUUUUCUCCCGCUUUGACUGUAGAGUGUAAUAGAUAUCAUAUAUGGGGAAUGUGUAUGUUUUAAAUGUUGUAUAUCCUCUCCAAAAUAGGAGAUAUGGUUUAUAAUAAUUUAUUUUUAUUAGUAUAGCAG